UCUUUUCUUACUCUGUGGUUUUAUACAGCUUCAUGGACGACUGGUUUGUACGCUGGGAAAGCAAUCUGCCCUUCAGGAUGGCUUGCCCGGGAGAAGGAAUCGUGCUACAUCUUGCUUCCCGAGAAGAUGACGUGGCAGCAGGCUUCGAAAGCUUGCAACCGUUCGGGAAGUGGCAUGGUCGUCCCAGACUCGCAAGCAGAACAGAACUUCAUCUGGCGGGAAAUGAGAAAUUGGAUGGGGGCCUUGGGCGUCACGAUCGAGGCUGAUCUGGAAGUGUGGAUCGGCUGUAGACAUUUGGAAAACUCGGGCCAGGUUAUGUGCCAUGGUGACAGUGAAGCUCACAGUUACGCAACUUGGGCCAACAAUGAGCCAAGUGGUGGUUCGGAGACCUGCAUCAGAAUGGCCAAGAAAUUCAGCGGGCGAUGGGGAGACUCUCUCUGUGACCAGCGAAAAUUCGCAGCGUGUGAGUUCAACCCUAUAUCCGCUUGUGAGCUGAAUCGCUGGAGUACCCAUUUCAAACACGCACCGGGGCUGUGCCUGCAUAAUCACGAGGUUAGGAGUCUACAGGUCCACGGACUGGCAAAAUGCGGAGUGGCGUGUUGGGCUGAACCCCUGUGUCGCUCAUUCAGUCUGUGGUUAGAUGGCGGCGACGUGGUGAUUUGCCAACUCAACACUAGGUCACGCACUGAUGCUGGAGUUGAGGACUUUAGCCACGCGCAAAACUGCGCUUAUUUUGAGUUUCAGAGAAUGUCUUGACUGGAAACUGUCAGCACACUUGUUCUGGAAAUUGAGCUUAUGCACAGUUUCCUGUAGUAAUGUAGACACAAUAAUGUUAUUGACCUUUUUAAACAUUCCAUAUGAAAAACCUUCUACUUUGAAGUACAACUUUUGCGAGAUCGACUCCACUGCGAUCAAUUUAAAGGAUAGUUUUUACGGUGUUCAUUCCUCGUGAGGUAAAUCCUUUCUUUAUGACGGUAGACAGAAGAGUUGGAAGUGUUGAAAUAAUUCAAAGAAUUAUUAAAAGAAAUGUUACGUUCAUGAUCUAAGACAAAGAAAAGUAGGUAAAAUCAUUUUUACCUGUUGGCGGUUUUUAAUUUCCUCAUAAUUUUGUAAUCUGGGAUUUCCAUCUUAGAUUCGACAAUGAUGUCGCUUGCGCUUUUGUUGCUAUAACCAGCUCAGUGCAGUAAUUUAUUAGAGAAUUGUUUCAAUAAUGAUAACGCGUUUUGCCUGACUUUUUCCUUGACCAUUCAGUCUUUGAUUGUUCUUACUAUUCUAACGUUUUGAUAAAUUGAAACGUUUGCCACUUAUACGCAGGAUGCUGUACCUGUCUCUUUAAAAAAAAAAAGAUAAGUAUGAGCAUUGACUGAUUACUUUAUCUGGUCUAUUUGCAGUUUAACAUUCAACUCCGAAUAAACAGCACCUAUAC